GCUUUCGCCAUUUCUUAUUCACAAAAACAAAUUGGAAAAGAAAACAUAUGGAGACACGUUUGUAUCAUGCCUGCAUGUCGAAGAAUUUUAUCAAGGAUACAGUCCGCGUCCUAUCAAAAUAGUGGACAUAAGAAUAGUAACGGAGGUGAAGAACGAGAGCCGAACAUGGUCCCAUUGGCAUCAAUGGCUGUGCUUCCAAAGCACUGUCACCUUCCAGACAUCCCUUCUGACAGCAACUUGUCAUUUGAGGCUAUGGUUUAUGUGUUUGGAAUUAUAGUUAUGGGAUUACAGUAUAUCAACUUAUAUAAAACAGUCUGGUGGCUCCCUCACAGUCAUGCUAAUUAUGCAUUGAAUUUUUAUCUUAUUGAUCCAUACCUCCUGUUGUUCCUCUGUGUUUUAAUGAGUAGAAGACUCAUCUGGUGUUUGGCUCAAGAGAUUUCAGGAUCCAGAUCUAGCAAAUCACCAUUAUUUUGGGUAGUAUGGUUAAUAAAAGUACUGGUUUGUCAGCUGAUUGUCGUAACCUUAGCUAUAACAGGAUACUAUGUGCUUAUUAAUCAUUCACUGUUAUACAGUUUGUUUUUAUGUUGUCCGAUGUUAACAUAUGUAUUUAUGUUUGGACCAACAGUAAAACCCCUUUAUCAUAAGAUGUUUGUAUGGCCAGCACCUGUUUCAGAUCGUCCGGUUCUUAGACACAGAAAUAAAGACAUGGAUAUCUUGUUCCACAAUUGUUCCAUGAAUCCAGAUAUGGUCCGACAGGAAGUUGAAGUUUUAAAGCGAGAUUUUAACCAAAGAAUCAAGCAGAUUUUAUUCAAUUCCUUAUUGACAGCAUAUUACAUGACAUUUAUUCCUUUAUGUUUUGCACAGCAUGUACAAAACAGUUGUCAAACUUGUUGGAAUACAUUAUACUACGACACAUGGUGGGUCGGACAACAUGUUUGUAUUACCUGGGUCAGUGCUUUUCUUAUUUUCAUGGUACAUUUUCUUCCACCAAAGUACCUAGAUUUGUUACACAGGUGUGCCCAACAUUUGGGAAGAUGGCAAAAGGUAGAAGGACGUCAUGCACAUGUUCCAUAUAAUGCGUGGUCUGAGCUGACAGUCUGGCCCCAGGGAGCUCUAGUCAAACAUGUACGAGGAUUAUUUAAAGCUGAAGGAGUAAAUGUAACUGCUGAACCCGGCAAUAGUAUGCAUGGAAGAUUUUAUUUCUUUUUUCACCAGCCAAUGAGAGUUGUUAACUGGUUGCUAAUAUUAACAUGGUUACUAGUAGGAUACCAGUUUUUUAGCCUGAUACAAAGUACAGAAUGGAACCAUAUUAUAUGUGUUGCUCUUAUGAUGUUUUGUAAUUACUAUACUUUAUUUAAAUUAUUACGAGAUAGGAUCAUAUUGUCAAAAGCUUACAAGGAAGAAACUGGUUCAGACCAGUUUUAACCAGAAAUAGUUAAAUGUUGCGAAGAAUGUUGCGAAGAGAUAUAGUAUACAUGUUCAUGAGGAUCAAGCUUACAUUGUCUGUUAACAUACAUGGACAUAUGAAAAUAGCUGACUGAUAUUCAGAAUUUAAGGAUUUAUAUUUUAUUGUUCUUUUAGUCAUUUUUUUUUUGUUUUACAUUUUAUUGUACUAUUUUAUCAUACCAUUGUUGUCAGUAUUAUUGUUAUGAAUUAUUUUACAGAGCAGAAAGUUCAUCAGAAUAUUUAUUAUUGUUCUCAGAGUAACUUUUUUAUUAAUAAAACUCACACAAAGAAUUAAUAGAAAUAUCAGUUUCUUACUGAUCUUCCAACAACAUACUGAAGUGUUUUCUCAAAACUUGAAAAAUCACAUUAUCUAUCAAAAGGAAUUUUAUAUCAGUAAAAUAGUACACUUGAAUACUCUGAAGUACUUAUUGAUUGGGUUUUAGGUCACUCUUGCAAUUUCUCAAAUGCACCACACCACAUCCAGAAUUGAAAAGAAUGUAAUAAAAAUUUUCAGCUACCUGCCAGGGUUUUUAGUCCAACUUAUCCAAAAUGUGCAUGUUCCAAACACACCAGAAAGCUUAAUUGAUAAAAAAGGCAUUUCUCAGUAUUAGUACGUCUUCUAUGUCACUUAGCUGUUGACUAUAUUUCAUUUAUUUUUUUAGAUGACAUAUUUUUGUAAUCCCAGUUAUCUUUCUUUAUUACUAUUUCUAUUUUAUUGAUUCUAAUGGUAGAAAUAAAAGAUCACCUAAAAGCUACUUAUUGUUAAAAUAUUGACAAGAUAAGGAAAUGGUUUCACAGAAAUGCUGAUUUGCUAAUAGAAAAGUAAGAUAAUUAUCCAGUAGGUUAAAUAGCAAAAUUUUACAAAUUUUUACAAAAAAGUAGCACAUUGAGUAAAGUAAAUAUUUGAUCCUUGAUCUUAUUUAUAUGAGAAGCAUAAAAACCCAUAAUCAAGCCAAUAUGAAAAAAAUUUCCCUCUGACCAUGUGCUCAAUACAAAAAAUUCCCAAUUUGAAAAAAGUGCAAGUAGCCAAAAUGCCUUGAAAAUUUCUGGAAGCUAAAGAAAAUUGAUAUUAUAAUAUAAAAAAAAUCUAUACAUUUAAUAUUAAGAGGAUUUAAGAACAAAACAUUUUUUUUAGUUUUCUCUUAUUUUAUGAGUUACAAGAUUAAGAAAAUAAUUAAUUUGAUAUUUAAACUUGAUAUUUCAAGUUAAAUAUUUAUAUUGUUUCAUCAUUACACGAUAAUUUAUUUUUUUAUCAAUCAUAAAGAUAUUUUUGUGAAAGAAGAUUUCAUUAAAUAUAUAUAUUCAACAUGAAUAUUUUUGAAACUACAUGUUUAAUCAUAUUAGACACAGUGACUGUCAUAUUAGCAGUAAUCGAUGCAAUAUACAUGAUAUGAAUAGAGAAAAAAGCAAAUUUUUCUGGUACAUUUGUUAUGAGAUAGAAAAAAUAAUUUAAAACUUUUAUAGACAUGGUAUUCUUUACUUUUUGAUGAGUAAUUUUAGACAUAGUAAUAAUAAAUGUUCUGUGAUAGUAUGUUGUUAAGUGUAUUGGUGUAUCACUGCCAGUAAUAAAGAUUUAUAACUGCUGAUAA